UGUGUGUGUGUGUGUGUUUUUUUUUCUCUUCCUUUAUAUUAUACAGAAAGCCCAAGUAGCCCAACUCACACACUAUGCGGACUACAAAUCGCCAAAGAAGAACAGCACGAAACGCAAGUUGUCAAAAAAAAAGACCACUGCGACGAGUAAUAAAGCGGGAACAUCGAAGCGCUCCUCAAAGUCGCGGCCGGUGUUAUCUGCCAGCGAAUCCGAAUACAGUGACCACCAAAACGACCACGAGGACAGCUACGAUGACGGAUCCGAUUGGGACGAAAGCGAGGUGAAUGCACUACACGAUGCCGUGGCGUCUGUAUCUCCGAACUCAGACUUCUUCUGGGCGGACGUGGCGCAAUUUAUGGACAAUCGGAGGACGGAUGACGAGUGCAAGGAGAAGUACAACUCGUUGAUUGGGCCUAGUUAGGAAUACAGAUUCACACGAAAGUACAGACAUGCGUAUAUGAGUAUGCAACUACAUAGUGACCACCCAUGAAGCUGUGCUUGUCGCUUAUAUAUGCGAGACAAUAUUCAGUAUACCCCAUACACGUGGACGUAUGGAUUGUGAAGCGCAGCUGGAAGGCUUCGAAGGUUUAAGGGGGUGCGGACAGAUAAUGAACCAUCCUUAGAACAAAGCCGUGACAUGCAGGCACGUGCGUGUGUUCAGGUCUAUUGAUCCCAGCGAGCUAUGGUACAAGUCCUGCAUUACGUUUCACAUCAGGCACGUUUUGCAAGCCCCAUCACGACAUGGCGCCAGUGGGUCCAAUAAAGCAAAAC